AUGAACGUUAUUUUAACUGAUCCUUGUCGCUGGUUACCCGACAGUACUAACGAAGAAAACGAAAUUCGAGGAAUAUUCUUUCAUCAUUGGGAACAACUAAAAGAUCGUUUUAUAGCAACUGUUAACGACAUCAAUAAAUGGCGUGAAACAUUUAUUGAUUAUGUGAAUAAGUAUGCAGAAGAGCAAAUCCGUAUUCUAGCGGAGGAUUUUCAACGUCAACGACUGAAUCUUGAUGAAAAACGUGAAGAAAAUAUUGACACAACACGUGCUUAUUCUGCUGCACGAAAUAUUGAAUUAUUUCAAGAACUACGCAAUGAAUGUCGAUUAUUAGAAUUUCAAGUAGCACAGCUUGAAUUUAUUACUGGUGAAAUGCAAGGUCUUAAAGUUAUAACUGUCGUCGAACAAAUGGAAAGAAAGAAAAAGGAGAAGUUUACUACAUCUAAGUCUGAAAAUGACAAGCUUGAAGAAAAGUCGAUAACUGAACACCCCAAUGAUAUACAAGCUACACAUUCAUUGCCGGUUGAAUCUUCAAAUGAUGAUAAUCGAUCAAUCAAUGGUAGCAACACUUCAAAAGAACACAAUCUCAGUGAUAAAGAUGUGAUCAAUAAAUGUCCAAUAUGUCUCAUGAUAUUUCCAUUCAGAAUGAAAUAUGAUGAUCGCUCUCAGCAUAUCCGUGAACAUUGUACAGAUGAUUAA